CCAGCUGAUGACCAGAUGGAUCGAGCCGCCCGACCAAAAUGAAAAACCGGGAGACGGAGACUUUGUGCUGAUGCUACCACAUUCGCUGCUUUCAGUGCGGCCCGGGUCUUCCAACUGUUUUGUCACGCCUUAGCGCAAACUCCGGUUCAACUUGCAACAGCAGCAACAUCAGAAGCUAACCCAUUGCAGGAGAUACUACGCCCAUCUGUAACCAGCAGCAAAUUGAUCGACUUAGAAGUUUCGAGUUUCAUUUGAAAAUAUCAAAUUACAAAAUGCUCACUCCAUGCCUGCUGCUAGUCACAGUCGCCAGUUUGGGCCUCGGGACGCAGGCCAUACGGGUGGACUGGGGCACAAACACAGGACCGAUAGCGCCGCCGCCGCCACGAACGACGCCACGGCCGCCGCAGAAGCCGUACCGCCAACCGGCGCCUGUCUGGGAGGACCAAAGCAAUGACAUACCCAAUCCCAAUCCCUAUGUGUACGUGCUGCCGCCGCCAUCCCGUCCGCGCACCUGGGCCAUACCCGCCGGACCCUAUGCCCCGCCCAACUACAACAAUCAGCCGCCCAGGGGCAACUCGAUCAACUACGGACAGCUGGCCAGCUCCGUGCACAGUGCCGGAGUCACAUCGGUGCCGGGCUUGGCGGCACAAUAUGUGCCCGGUGUGGGCAUCAAGUAUACGGCCAUUGUGCUGCCCGACAAGCUGCAGGGCAAGUACAAUGCAAAGACCAAGAAGUACAAGGCCUACGAGAAGGCAGCCAAACAGGCGUCCUAUCCCUGGAACUAUUUGCAGCAGCUGCCAGUGGAGGAGAAGGCCUUGGAGUGGCAGGCGCAGCUCGAGCAGCAGCUCGAGGAAGAGGCGGCACAGGCCCAGCAGAAGCAGGCUCUGCCUUCCAGUUUCUCAACGACAACCACCACAACGACUACAUCUACAAGUACCACAACGGCAGCUCCAGUAGCUUCCAGUCCCAGUCCAACAGCUGCCACAUCAGAGGCAGACACAGACACCAGCUCCAGCUCCAGCCCCAGCUCGACAUCGACAAUACAGCCCACAACAAUUGCCAAUUACAAGGUGGCACACGAGAAGAGCGCCCACCUGAAGAAGCUCAACAAGCAGAAGCGACUCCAGCAGCUGCAUCUCGAGUUGGAGCAGCAAAAGGAGAAGCUGGCCAAGAAGCAGCAGCAGGAGCUGCAAAACUCGUUACAGACCAGCUGAGCUGAGCAGCGCGGGGCGGUGCCAGUGCAGAAAACAAAAAUAAAAGUGAAUACAAAAUACACACCACACACACACACGCACACGAAACAAGAGUUAAGCUUAAGACGUGCCCCGUAAAAUGUUGUAAAUAACUAUUAAUAAAUAAAAACAACCAGUAAUAAAACCUA